UACGCAUCUCAGUAAAUUAUAUCCAUAAUAUCAGCAUAUUUAAUAUAUCCAUUUCUAAAUUUAUUCAUCUAUAUCGCAGAAGCAACCUCAUAGAAUUACUCGAAAUUCUUCCCUCUUCCCUAAAGCGCUUCCGCGACUGCAAUAUAUGCCAUUUUUCUCAUAUACUUCACCCGUCUGCUGCAUCGCAAUAACCAUGCCAAUCAAUGUAAACAAAGUCUGGCUACUGUCAACCUGUCAUUCGUACCUCUGUACUCUGUACUUUGUACUCCUAAUCCGAUGUCGCCGACCGAGGCCCUGGGACGUUGCGCAACGUGCGUUGGUUGUACCGUAGUUAGCGUACCCUGGGACGAGGGAGGCCAGCGCUGGCAGG